ACGACCCCCUCACCAUAUAUCUUUUAAUAAAAUCAACCCUUUUCCUGAAACCCAUCAACGUGUUAAGUAUUUUAAAACUAGAAGGAGUCAAUUAAACCCCAUUUACAGAUCCGAUAACAUUCUGAAAAGUCUGUUUUAGGAUGAUCAAAUGUUUAUUCCAGCGAGUCUCGCGUGCGUAACUGGAAACUUCGAACCGCCCCCAAAUUCUACCGGCGCUCUCUCCAAGUUGCGCUACGUCUGCGCUCGUUCUCUGAGAGUUUCUUUAUCAAAAUAUCAGAUGAAAAAUGAGAACGUAAAAAGGAGAGUUUCACAUUUGAGAGACAUUACUUUCAACAGCCUCUGAGGAUGUCAGUCCGAACCAGGGCAGGUUUUUGUCGUCAGGAGAUAAACAGAACCGUUUGGGAUGUACCGGAGAGAUACAGAGACCUUAUUCAGAUAGGAACCGGAGCAUACGGAACGGUCUGUUCAGCCAUUGACCAUAAGACAGGAGUGCGGGUGGCCAUCAAGAAGCUCCACCGUCCGUUCCAGUCGAGACUGUUCGCCAAACGCGCUUACAGAGAGCUGCGACUGCUCAAACACAUGAAACACGAGAAUGUUAUUGGACUGCUGGACGUCUUUACCUCGGAAAUCUUAUUGGACAGAUUUCAGGAUUUUUACCUGGUGAUGCCAUUUAUGGGCACUGAUCUUGGAAAGCUGAUGAAGAUGGAGAGAUUAUCGGAGGACAGGGUGCAGUAUUUGGUCUAUCAGAUACUGAGGGGUCUGAAGUACAUUCAUUCAUCCGGAAUCAUUCACAGGGAUCUCAAACCAGGAAAUCUGGCAGUGAACCAGGACUGUGAGUUGAAGAUCUUGGAUUUUGGACUUGCACGUCAGGCAGAUUCAGAGAUGACAGGUUACGUUGUGACCCGCUGGUACAGAGCACCGGAGGUUAUCCUCAACUGGAUGCACUACUCACAAACUGUUGAUAUCUGGUCAGUUGGCUGCAUCAUGGCAGAGAUGUUACUUGGAAGGCCACUUUUUAAAGGAAAUGACCAUUUGGACCAGCUAAGAGAGAUCAUGAAAAUCACAGGAACGCCAGCACCAGAUUUCAUCAUGAAGCUACAGAGCCAAGAUGCCAAAAACUACAUCAGAGGUCUACCUAAAGUCCCAAAAAAAGACUUAAACACUAUUUUCCUUAAAGCCAGUCCUGAAGCUGUGAGUGCUCUGGAGAGGAUGCUGGUUCUGGAUCCAGAAAAGCGCGUGAGUGCUGCAGAGGCGCUUGAGCUCCCGCUGUUUACAGAGUUCAGAGAACCUGAGGAAGAGACGGAGGCCCUGCCUUAUGAUCACUCUAUGGACAACACAGAAAUGCCUCUCGAUCAAUGGAAACGACACACUUUUACAGAGAUCCUGUCAUUCCAGCCACCCAUUACAGAAAUCAGAGACCCCAAAGAAACAUCCCUCUGAGUGAACGCAGAAAUACAUGUCAUAUGCAUAAAUUUAUGUGAAAAGAAAAUGAAAUGAAUGUAAACUAUAUGACUUUGUAAGUAAAUGUAAGAAAUUGUCACGUUGUUCAGUUAUAAGUUUACCGAUUAUUGUACAGUUAUGUGAAUUCUCUUUAACUAGAUGACUUAAAAUCCAUGUUUUAACUGCAACCAAAACCAUUUUAUUUGAAUGCUAGUCUUUAUUUCAGCAUGCCAGUAGGCUUAUGUUUUAUGUACUUUACUGAUGAGUUCUUAUUUAAUUUAUUAACACAAUAGUUAUACAGCAUGUGCCAUGGUUAGCACAUUUGACACCACACCUCUUUUUUUUAUUAAUGAAUAAAACCAUCUUAAUGAGAAAUUGCUAGUAAAUUUAAUAAAUAAUUUCAAAGAAACAGCAAGUACAUUGAUUUAAAUGUAAUAUAUUGAAGAAAAACACUGAAAUAGCAUUUUCUUUUUGAAAUAGCAUUUGUUUUAUUAUUUCUUAUCUUUAAAAAAAAGUUUAUAAUUAUUUGAGAUUUUGCCUAAAGUAAUCUGAUAACUUUUCAACAACUAUUAGCUUUUCCUGAGUAAGACUACAUAACUCACCUGGCAUAAGAUUAGCUUUAAAAACCAAGCACCCAACACAAAAAUAAAACAAUAACAUGCUUAAUUACUGCUAAAGUUGCACCUGUUGCACUAGUUGCACUAUUUUCCAAAGAUGAUACAGAUGCAAAAUAAAGGCUGAAAAAACAAACAGCAAAAAAUAAAUCUGUGUAGAUGAGCAGGUCACUUAAUGUAGAAUGGCAUCCUUAAAGCUGCAGACCGUAAGUUUUGCCUCUUUGCCGCCAUCUCUGUUUGAAAACCUGCAAUUGCAGUUAUUUGCGCAUUAUGUUCCUUGCAUUGGUUGUGCACCGGCACAGCGCCAGCGCGGAUGAAUCUAAUGUUUUGAGGUAAAUGUGUGGCUGUCACCACACCGGUGUCGAUACUGUACUUCAGAAUCACAGAUUCUAUUUUAGGUCUUGAAAUAUAUGACCCAAAAAAUAACUUUCACCGGAUAUUGUCAUCUGAACAAGUAACAAGUCUACCACUUUUGCUCUGACCAAUUGAGAAAAAAGCAUUGCAAUAACUCCUGCCACCAAUGGUGAUUAAAUUAUUAUACUUUUUUUCUCAAAUUGUUAAUGUCAACAACAUCAGCAUUGUGUAAUUAUUGGUAAAGUGUGUAUUAGCGUGUAGAUUUCAAUUUCUGUACAGUCUAAUCUAUUAAUUGUCAUACCAUUCAGAUUUCAUAUUAAUAAAUUAUUUUACCCCAAAGGGAAAAAUUA